UUUUUCCUUCUUUUGCCCUUUUUUCUUCUAUCUCAACCUAAUUUUUCUGCUUUAGCAAUACAUUAUUUUUCCCUUCGCUUUAUCCAUAUACUCACCAUUGCAUCUGCUUAUACCUAUAAUCAACAGUCUGUUAUUUAUUUUCGUAUAAGUAAUCAUGAAUGGCGCCGGCGGCAACUCCACAAGGCUCAUGUUUGACGAUGACGAUGACUACAACAACAGCACACCGCUCUCCACGACCAUGUACGCUCUUUUGACGCUCUUCAUUCUACUGACACUCUUCAAAAUCGUCUACGAGCGGUGGAUGACGCCCCUGGCCAACAUCCCUGGCCACCCAUUACACUCCAUAACCAGCAUUCCCAUGCGCUACCACAUGCUACGAGGUCAACUGCCCUCGCACCUCCUUGGUUUGCACCAAAAGUACGGCUCCAUCGUGCGCAUCUCUCCUCAACGCAUUUCCGUGGCUGACCCUGAGAUGAUCAAGCAUGUUCUGGGGUCGCAUGUCUUUGGUAAAACGCCGAGCUACGAUAUGCCGCAGGUUUUGGAGCCCAAUUGUUUUUCGACCAGGGUGCCAGAGCUGAGCGUGGAGAGGCGGAGGCAGGUGGGACCUGGGUUUUCGCACGGGCAUUUGGCGAAAAUGGAGUCCAAGAUUGUUGAGUGCGGCGUGCUGAACGUCAGACGCAAAUUGGACGCACUUAUGUCGGUUAAAGACAAUACUGUUGUGCAGUAUAAUGUAUGGUUUUCGCUGAUUGCCCUGGACACUAUUGGUGAGCUAGGCUUUGGCAAAAAGCUUGGCGCAUUGUUGGCGGAUGGCCACGAGUUGGUUGCGAUUCUGAUCAGGAUCCGGAUAUUCAACUAUAUUACGAUGGCUCUCCCUUGGUUCAAGCAGCUACCGCGUGUGUUGGGGAAGAGGCUGCGUACACUGACCACUUUGAUGGACUUUGCUUCGGAGGCUAUUAAUGUUCGGCGCAAGGAGGAGCAGGGCGGGGAACCCAGGCAGGGGGGGCUGGAUCUGUUGCAGAUUAUGCUUGAUGUCGGAAGGGCCGAGGGCGACAAGAGGGCGAUUAUUUCGGAUGGGCAGAUGGUCUCCGAAACUAUCCUGCACCUGAUCGCUGGUGUCGACACGACAUCGGCGGGGUUGACCUGGACUUUGGCCCUGCUUUUGCACAACCCCGUGGUUAUGGAGAAGCUAAUUACGGAUAUCCGGCGCAAUUUUGCACUGGGCUCUGUGGUGAGCUACGAGGAGUGCCGCUUGAAGGUGCCGUACUUGUCGGCUGUUAUUUCUGAGUCCUUGAGGGUGAUGAGUCCAGCGCCGGGGAUUUUGCCGCGUCUGGCGCCCCCUGGCGGCGUCAGGUUGGAUGGGUAUGUGGUUCCCAAGGGCACGUGGAUAUGCUGCUCUGUGGGGUCGCUGCAUAUGAAUCCGCUUGUGUUUCCUGAGCCCGAUGCGUUCAAGCCGGAGAGGUUUUUGGCUGGUGGUGGUGGGCAAGGAAACAUGUUGGCGUUUUCGACUGGUGUGCGGGCCUGCUUGGGGCGAAACUUGGCACUGGUGGAAAUGCACGUUGUUCUGGCCAAUCUUCUGAAGGACUACAAUCUUGCUCUGCCACAUGGCGUCCAGCCCUUGGGCGGGAUCCCUGAUAUUCCGAGAAAGACUCUCAUGACAAUGAACCCUGUCAAUCCCGAAAAAGACUGCUUGGUGGUAAUUUCGCGCAGAAAGUUGGAAUGAGUUAUAAAAAAUUAUUAUAAGGUGUUUGAGAAGUUU